AUAUCUCUAAAUGGCACCCCGAUUCACAUAAAUAGAUUGAUACUGAAAUAUUCCUUUCAAGUAAUGAACGAACGGAAUUCAAAAUUUGAUACUCCGCCUUUCGUGCGAAAUCAAAAUCCAGAUUUCUGAUUCUAACGUUCCCUUUCAUUUUUUUUUUUCUCUCUCUGUUAGCUUGUCUCCACUCUCCAUAGUCUCUCCGACGAACGACGCCAACGCCUUAUCCACGCCGUCGCAGCGAGGUCCGUGAAGCCGUCGCACACUCCACGCCACAGAAAUGGCAGAGCGACAAGCAGUGGAUCAGCCACACCAGAUUGACUCACAGCUGCAGUCCUCGCCGCCUCCAAGGGACAACACGAUUGCUUGCGUCAUGGCAUUAGAGGCUGCUUUGCUUCCUUGCUUGCCUGCGAGAGAGCUUCAAGCUAUAGACCGUUCUCCACACCCUUCUCAUCAGAUUGAUGUGGAAAGGCAUGCCAGAGAUUUUAUGGAGGCUGCCAAGAAGCUUCAGCUUUAUUUUAUUGGCCUGCAACGUGAAGAUCAGCCAACAAAGGUUGAAACACUUGGAAAGGAUAUUGCUUUGAUGGAGGACGAGUUAAGGAUGAAGAGUGACAUUAUCAAGAAGCAGGAGAGACUGAUCCAAGGGUGGAGAAAAGAUUCGAAAGAUCAACUGGACAAACACAACAUCCAGUUGAAGAGGGUGUAGAGAUUAUUUUGUAAGCAAUAAGCUCGCUAUUUUCUGAAUUGGAGUCAAAUUUCUUGGUGCUGCAUGCUCCUGGUCACGUAAGAUUCUUACUACAUGCCAAUGGAAUUUUUUUAUCUGCGCUCC